AUGCUCUACCGCAUGUCGGCUGCCCGCGCGGCCUUCCGCGCUGCUUCGGCUUCCAACUCCUCUGCUGUCGCGCGCUCCGCACUCUGUUCCAACGUCUUCAAGGCUCAAUUGACCUCUGCUGCUCGCCCAUCAGCUCGCUUCGCUGCUGGAUCCUCGAAGCUCGCUCUGGCCGCCCACAAGCCCGUCACCACCGCUCUCGUCCGCUAUUCUUCUAACAAGUCCCAGCCGAUUGUUCCUGAAGAUGAGGAUGUCGAUAUGAUGGCUGGUGUGAAAAACGACGUGAAAGUCAUCAAGGAGACCUUUACUCUCGAUGAGGUCCCCAAGGAAGCUUUGUACUUCGGUUUGGCAGGUGUCAUUCCGUACGUGGCGACCUCUCUUAACACCUGCUAUCUUGCAUGGGAAAUCAACAGCCAAGCGCUCGGUGGCUCUGGCUUUUUGCUAUCCUCUGAAACCGCCUCGCUCCUCCUGCACUUGACCGAGCCAAUCCAGGUUGGCUACGGUGCUGUGAUCUUGUCUUUCUUGGGAGCCAUCCACUGGGGGUUGGAGUGGGCUGGAUAUGGCGGCAAGCAUGGUUUCCGACGAUACGCCACCGGAUGCAUUGCUCCAGCUAUCGCCUGGCCUACCCUCUUGUUCCCCGUCGAGCACGCUCUGAUCACUCAGUUCCUUGCCUUCACCUUCCUCUACUACAACGAUGCGCGUGCUGCUAGCCGUGGACUUGCUCCCCACUGGUACGGCAUGUACCGAUUCGUCCUGACCUUCAUUGUCGGCGCCAGCAUCGUCGCAACUCUCGUUGGUCGCGAGCGCAUCUCCCAGAGCGGAACUGCUGAGCACACCUUGACCGAGAAGAUCCAGGCCCUCCUUUUCCUUCGCAAGAAGGAGAUUGAGGAGGCCAAGCUCCGCGCCGAGGAAGAGAAGAACGCCGAUCUUGAGUAA